AUGGCUUUGAAGCUUGACAUGAGUAAUGCCUACGAUGGAAUUCAGUGGAGUUUUCUUAGAGCUGUGUUAUACAAGCUGGGAUUCUGCCGCCAAUGGGUGGAACUAGUUAUGCAAUGCAUUGAGACAGUCUCCUAUGAAAUUUUGGUGAAUGACAUACCUCAAGAAUCCUUCCAUCCAACUAGAGGUAUAAGACAAGGUGAUCCCCUCUCCCCUUAUCUUUUUAUUUUGUGCGCUAAAGCACUUAGCAACCUGAUCAAUCAAGCUGAAGCUAAUGGUCUGAUUCAUGGUGUUCCAAUUGCUAAAGGCCAACUCAGAAUUUCUCACCUACUUUUUGCUUGUGACAACCUUCUCUUUUGUAAGACUAAUGCCAUUGAAUGGAGUAAGUUAUUUAGCCUCUUGAGAGUGUAUGAGUUGGCCUCGGGACAAAGGCUUAACCUUGAGAAAACAUCAAUUAUGUUCAGUAAGAAUACAACUCAGGUUGCUCAGAAGUACAUCCUUUCCAUUGCUUGGAUGAGGUCUGCUAUGUCUUAA